AUAUUAUCUAUCAAUGCAUAUUACGGAUUUAUCUGGAGUUGCAACUUUGUUAGUAUAUGCCAUUUGCAUGUUUGUACAAAUUUACCUAUACUGUUGGUCCGGAAACGAAGUUAUCCUUAAGAGUGUGAGCGUAGGAGACGCUAUAUAUUGUAUGGACUGGCCUUUAUUAUCAAUUAAUGAAAAAAAAGAAUUACUGAUGAUCAUGAUACGUAGUACAAUGCCUAUAAAAAUUACCAGCAGCUUCUUGAUAACUUUAUCUCUUCAAUCUUACAGUAACAUUUUAAAAACAUCAUACUCUGCAUUUAACGUUCUUAAAAAAUAAAAAAUAUAUGUAC